CUUCAGUGUAAACUUGAAAUUAUUGCGGGAAAAUGAGCACCGCAGGAUCGGUAUCGAAGGGGUGUUUUACAUUCAAAGGAAAAAAGAGAAGAGUCAAUGUGGAAGAUUACCUACCAAGGGCACAGAACAAGGACAUAGAGUCGUGCCAAGCAAGGUUUCAUGAACUGUGGGAGGAGAUGGACACACAAAUGCAGAUACUGCAGUCUGAUUUUAACAGCAGCAUAUUUGAGGAGCUACUGACGUAUACUCAGUGUGCACAUGCUAGCUUUUCACUGGAAACGUGUGCAAGUGCCUCACUCAGAGAGAUACCUGCAGCUGCAUUGGUCACAGGUGUGAACACACCAGACCAUGGCACAAUGUUCGGUAACCUUGUCUCAAUGCUGCGGGACAGAGUUACGCCCCUUGUCACCAUUCUCAAGUCUAAGGACUGUCAAAGUGUGAGGAACAUUCUCACCAGAACUAUGUCCCAGCUCCUGGAUAACACACACCUGGAUUAUGAUGAUGAUGAAGACAGUGAAGCAGUCAACAGUCGAUCCCUGCCUCUCACCCUGUCCACACUUGCCAAGUGGUACCAUAACAAAUAUGUUAGUAAACCCUCCUCUCCUAAAAAGCGCAAGUCUAGUGCUGGUGUAGGUGUAGAGAGGGGCGGUCUCCCACCAGUCGUCAUUGUGAUGGAAGACUUUGAAAACUUCCCGCCACGUGUAGUGCAGGACUUCAUCAUUAUUACAAGUAACUAUAUCAGCCUGCUACCAGUAGUGUUUAUUUUCGGGAUAGCGACAUCAGUGUCUGCUAUUCACCGCCUGCUGCCUAACGAGGUGUCGUCGCUACUGUGUAUGGAAAAGUUCCAGGCUCCACCUUCAACUGAGUACCUCACCCUCGCCAUCAGCCAGAUGCUGAUGACAUCAAGAUGCCCGUUUAAGCUUGGAAAGGGAGUAUUCCAGCUGCUCCUUGAUAUCUUCCUCUACUAUGACUUUUCUGUGCUCAACUUUAACCAGGCAUUACGGUUUGCAAUGCUUGAUCACUACACUAGUCAGCCAUUGAGUUAUUUGUGCUGUAAUCAUGAUGACACGGAGGUUACAGUCAAUCAGAUGGAUGGACAGGCUCUUGACAGGCUGCGUCAACUCAGUUCCUUUAUGAGCUAUGUGGAGGAAUGUUCAACCACAGAACAACCAAGUCUUCUUCUAGACGAAAAGUUCACCAAGAGAAGAGUGGUCCAGCUGAUAAAUGAGAUGUUUGAAUACCAUAUCAACUUCUUCCCCAUACUCAACUGUCUACACACACUCGUGUCAAAACUACCCGGCUAUCCACUCGGAAAACAGGUUCGUGAGGUGUACUCAGCAUGUCUGGAGGAGAGUGUGUGGGAGAGAGAGGACUAUAAACAUGCAACAGACCUCUUGAGGAUGUUGGCGAAAGAUGAGCUUAAGACCCUAGUCACCCAGUGUGUGAACAAGUUGGCCACUGAAGCUCAACUUGCCAGUGUUAAAACUGACCUGGAGAGGUUUGGAUACAGGAUGGACCAUAUUGAUGAGGAGGCAGAGGAGGAGCCAGCUGGUGAUAUGGAAAUGGUUGACACUAGCCUGCCAUCCCGCACAUCCCUACAUCAGCUACGACAGAGACUACAGGAUAUCAGUAAGAAACAGAAAAAGCAGAGCCCGUUUGAGAAACUACGAGAGGAGAUUGUGGAUUAUUGUCACGCCUUAUUCAGGAAGUAUUUGAUUGCGCCAAGUAGCCUACCACUAUACGAGAUUUUCUACUACACUUCAACAAGAGUGAUCAAGCAGCGCCUGAAUGCCUCCCCCAGAUCUGCAUUACAGAAGGCGCUUAGCAACCCAGGCUACUACCUUCAGGUCACAAUAUGUGUGUGUUGCGACGUGGAGGGUAACCACAUAGGCAGCAGAAUGCCAGACACGUGUGUGGUGUACAAACUACAUCUCGAGUGUGGACAACUUAUUAACCUUUAUGACUGGAUGCAAGCGUUUGUGACUGUGGUUCAGCAGGAAGAUGAGAAUGACAGCCUCAAACAAGCAGACCAUAAACUACAAGCUCGGUUUAUCCAGGCCGUGUCACAGCUCCAGUUUCUUGGAUUCAUCAAGCCAACGAAGCGGAAAACUGACCACGUGGCCCGGCUUACUUGGGGAGGAUGUUGACCUGCAACGUUCGUGGUUGACCUUCGACCAGAGAGUAGUGUAUCUCUUGACUGUGGUUGAGUCACCAAAGUCAAUGGCCACUCUCUACUAAGAUUCAUUGUAUUGGAUAGAUUGUUCUUUAUGUAGAAUAUCCUUCAAUCUUUGUUGUGAAUGAUCUUCAACCUUGAUGUGGAAUGGCCUUCAACAAUCAGUUGAGAUUGACUUUGUUUUUGAAUGAUUUCGACCUAUGUGGAAAACAACGCACUUUGUUUGGUAAAUUAACUGUUUGUUUGCCAUUGGUUUUCACCUUUCACCUGAGUAAGUUUGGUAAAAUCAAUGUACAUGUCAUAAAGCGCAGAGAGCAUUUACAAUUAUUGAAGAGAAUAUUUGCUUUUAAGUUGAAACUUUGUAUGAACAGAAAUACCUAUAAAGUUACAAAUAGGAUCAAAUUACAGUGUUACCUACUUCAUCAAUGCUUUCUUGUUGCAAUUAUUGUUAAAAUUAAUACACAAAAUAAUUACAUUAAUAUGGUUAAAGAUAUAUUCAACACAUAAUAAUAAUAAACACAUGUUUACUGUUUAAUCAACGAAAAUGAAUUGUGUAUUCAGGGGAAUUUGUGUCUUAAAGCUGCACUCUCACAGAUUUACCAUUUUUAAAACUUUUUUAUUUUUUGUCUUGGAAAGAGCAAAUUUUUCCAUAAAUAUUUGCAAACCAAUGUUAUAAGAUUGCUGACAAAAGAUCAGAUUGCAGAUUUUCAUAUUUCCAUUCGAAAAUUUAUGUUUUAUGGCUUAAACCGUUACUAAUGGUUUAAGAAGAAUGCAAAAAAAUAUCUAUUUUUGUACUUAAAUAUAAAAAUCUGUGAUCUAUUUUUUUGUCAGCAGACUUUACUAACUGGUUUACCAUGGAUUUUUGCAAAAAUUGGCUAGUUCCCAGACAAAAAAUAAAAAAAAGUUGUCAAAACGUUCAAUCUGUGCAGCUUUAAUAUGUCACUUAUAUGAGGUAUAAAAAAGGUUUCUGUGAUCAUGAGUGUACAAUAUUGAAACAUUGUGUUGCAGAAAUCAUUGGGACAUGUCUGUGUUCAUCAUUCAUUUUUAAGUGAAAUGGCAUUUAUUGUGAUUUUUUGAAAUGGUGUAAAAAAUAGUUUGUGAAUGAAGACUUUGCUGAUGAUGACCUUAAUUGCAAAUAUAAGUAUAUUGAAUAAACAUGUGAAACUAUA